UUCUUGUCCACAUGCUCUAUUUAUAAAUACCUCGUACUUCUAACUUCCAACUUGUUAUCCAUAAGUUAUUCAUUUUUUCUUUGUGUUGUCAUCCCUUAUAAUUUGCACAUCAAUCAGUAGAGUACCAUUGAGGGCAUUUUUUCAAUUUAAUUUCUACCUUGAAAGAGAGAAAUGGCUGCUAAUAGUUGUGCAGUACUACUUCAAGUGACCAAAUGCACAUUCCAGAGGCCUUCACUUCCACCCAAAAUUGAGCACUCCAGGAACCCACUCUCAUCUACUUUCAAGCCACUAUUGAGGGAGUUGGACCAUUUUCCAAAUAUUUCAGUAGACGUUCCAAAAGCUAUCAAGGAAACUCCCUUCAAAUUAUUGGACGCUUUUGUUGACUUCAUUUAUGAAUUCGUUGACCAACCGUUGCUCCCAUCUCAGAAUAAUUUUGCACCGGUUGAAGAGAUCGGAGAAGCUACAACAGUAAGAACAGUUGAAGGAAAAAUUCCAGAUGAUUUUCCAGAGGGUGUUUACGUAAGAAACGGCCCAAACCCUCUAUUUGGAGGACUAAAAUCGACGAAAUCUAUAUUUGGGGAGUCAAGCCACAUGUGGGUUGAGGGAGAAGGAAUGCUUCAUGCUCUCUACUUAAAGAAAGACAGUGGCAGAAAGAAGUGGAAGACAUGGUACAAGAACAAACAUGUCCAAACAGAUACAUACAAUAUGGAAAAAGAUCGAACCAAACCAGGUUUUCUUCCUGCUAUACAAGGCGAUUCUCCUGCUAUACUGUUCUCCUAUCUUCUAAAUGUGUUGAGGUUUGGCGUGAUAGACAAAUACUUGAGCAACACUAAUGUGUUUGAACAUGCAAAUAAAUACUACUCAAUUGCUGAGAACCAUAUGCCUCAAGAGAUCGACAUGCAUUCCCUACAAACUCUGGGAAAUUGGAAUUUUCCUAGUGGAUCUUGGAAUAGACCCUUCACAAGCCACCCAAAGAAAGCACCUGGCACCGGGGAACUAGUUAUAAUUGGUAUUGAUGCGAAAAAACCAUAUUUUGAACUAGGUGUGAUUUCAGCUGAUGGAAAGAAAAUGGUUCACAAAGCGGAUCUCAUGUUUGAUAGAUGUGCGGUUUGCCAUGAAAUAGGAGUUACACAGAGGUACAAUGUGAUCAUGAAUUUCCCCCUAACUAUUGACAUAAGUCGACUAGCUCUUGGAGGCCAGUUAAUGAGGUUUGAGAAAGAUGGAUAUGCAAGAAUUGGAAUAUUGCCACGCUACGGUGAUGCCAAUUCCAUCAAAUGGUUUGAGGUUGACCCUUGUUGUGUAUUCCACGUCAUUAACAGCUUCGAACAUAAUGAUGAGGUGGUGGUGAGAGCAUGCAGAGCUCGUCAAUCAGUUAUACCGGGACCCAGUUCUAGUGUCAACCAGUUAGAAAAGUUUUUCAAAUGGAUUAAAAGGGAAACAAGUUCCAUAGAUGACGGCUCUGAGUUCACAAAAGAAUCAACUUUCCCUCGUGUUUGCGAAUGGAGAUUAAACAUGAAAACUGGAGAGGUUAUUGAGAAGAAAAAUCUAUCUGGAGAUGAGUUCGCAAUGGAAUUCCCCAUCAUCAAUGAAAAAUUCACUGGAUUUAGUAAUAAAUUUGCUUAUCUACAAGUUGUUGAGUUGAAAGAGGUGUCUGGCUCAGGAUACACUAGAUUUGGUGGGCUAGCCAAGCUUCAUUUUGAAGAAAAGAAAGCCUCUACGGAUGAAGAAGACGAAUUGGUUAAAGCAGAAUAUCACAUGUUCCCAAAGGACACAUUUUGUUCAGGAGCAUCAUUUGUUCCAAAACCUGGAGGCAUCGACGAAGACGAUGGUUGGAUCAUCACAUUUACGCAUAAUGAAAAUGAGAAUAUUUCGCAAGUUUGUAUAAUUGAUGCAAAAAAAAUUACGGAUGUGCCAGUUGCUAUUAUCCCUUUAUCGAGUAGGGUUCCAUAUGGAUUUCAUGGAGCUUUCAUGCCAUUAGAGUUAAGAUCGUAUAUAUAAAUUUCAGAAAAAAAUUAUUACGCAUGCGGUAUGUCAAGUCAUACUUAUCUGAGGCAUUUCGUUUUAUUGGCAAAUGGAGGUGUUAGGCCUAACUUUUCAAGCAACCAACAGAUUCGGCAUUAUAUAUCAUGGAAGUUUCAGCAAUCAGUACAAGAAACAUUUUUGCAUGAAAAGUUUUGAGAAUAUAGUUAAUAGAUUGAAAGUCUAAGUAGAUUUCGUUUAGAGCAAUGACGAAUCUUCUAAGUAGAUUUCGUUUAGAGCAAUGACGAAUCUUUCUCUAGGUAGAUACUAAGAUGAUAUAUUGUACUAUUCUUUUACUUAUUCUUUAUAUGAUGUAAUUAAAUUUCUAAUUACAUUGUAAUUGAAGAAGCAUUUAGUGAUGUAAAGUAUGCUUAAGAAUUUAAUUUACUAUAGCAAUUCAAAUUAUAA